AUGGAUUGGCGCCACAUGCUGUCCGUGUCGCCGCACAAUCUGGCCGAUGAGCGCAAGGACGAGAUAGCGGCCGAUUUGGCCGCCAUCCCGACCGACCAGAAGUUGGAUAGCAAGAGCUGUAAGAAGCUGUUCCGCCUCGCUCAGGUGGUGCUACGCUUUCGCAAUGAGCAGGUUGGGCAACUUAGGAUUGAAAAUGAACGAAUAGUGAGCGAGAACGAGCAACGGCAGGCGAGAGCAUCCCCGUCGCAAGAGCUCCGUGAUCAGCUCAAAGAAAUGAAGCGAAUCGUCGAAAAGUUCGAAGCGGACAAGCACUCGUACCGCAUCCGGAUCAAGGAGCUUUCCGAGGAGACGGCUUCGCUGCAGAAGAAACUGACCGAAAGCAGUCACUUUGGCAGCGAAGGCGAAGACUCCCCGGAUGCACUGUCGGAAAUCGACCGGCAGCAGGAACUGUACAACAAUAUCAGCAUGAAGAACAAGCACAUCAAGCGGCUGCUGCGGGACAUUGACGACCUGGAGAAGCGAAACAGCUUUCAGAUCGAUACGAUCAACAGUUUGCAGGUUAGCUUGAACGAUGCAACGAUGAAUCUGACGGGGUUGACGCAUCAGUACGAGGAAGCUCAAGCGGUCUUGAAGGAACAGGAAGCAUUGAUUGAGGAAGCCAACGACAAGAUUAAGAAGUUGGAGGAAGAUGUGGAGGGAUUGGCGGAGGAAAAGGCUAGGUGUGAAGAUGAUCUGGAUGGAUUUGCAAAGCAGUUGGAGGAAAGCACUGAGCGUUGGAAAGGAAUUUUGGACAAUAAGCAGGCAGAGCUGGAAGAAAUUCAAACAAAAUAUUCGGAACUGCUGGAGCAGUUUCCGGGUUAUGAUAUUGACGUGGAGAGGAAGGAAUUUAAAAAGAUGGGCGGGAGACUUCGAGAAAAGGAUGAGAUGAUUGAAGAGCUAGAGAAGAAAAUCACGAUGCUAUCGCAGGAGAUUCUGAAAUCGACGGAGGUGAUGAAUAGGAUCUCGCAAGAGAAGGUGAACGCCAGUAAAGAAUCGGUAAAGGUAAGUCAGUGUUGCGAGGAAAGUCGAGUGAUGCUGGAGAAGGCAAACAAACGGUGCGAGGAGAUGCAGGAAAUUUUGACGAGUGUGGAAGAGGAUAACAUGUUGAAGUCGAGACAAGCGGUAGAAGCGAUUGAGGCGCUGAGAAGCUAUGAAAGUGGUGAGGAAGGGCUAGCGAAAGCGCUGAAGAAGAUUAACAGAUUGCAUGAGAAGGUCAAUGUGAGGGAUAAGCAGAUUCGCGAGCUGGUGGCAGAGAUCAACCUGGCAAAUGAGAUUGCGAUGGAAAAUGCUGUGCUGAGGAAACGUCUAGAUAUCAGCGAUGAUGAAGUCAUACCAACUCAUUCUGUUCUGUCUAAGCAGAGGAAAAUUGAGAAGGUCAACGAUCGAUUGGCACUGAAGCUCAGGGCUUCAGAGGAGAUGCGACUUCAGCUCAAGUUGGAGAAGAAUGACCUCAAGAGAAAACUAUUUCAGCUGUCCCAAUCUCUGAGCAGUCAGAGAAGUUCGGACAAAGAUAAAAGCGAAGAGACCAACCAGCAGACAGUGGUUGAAGCUUCAGUCGAUGCGGAUGACAUCUCAAAGCUAAGCGACGGGGAUGCGGUGAAGUUUUGUGAGAAAUGUAUGAAACAAUACAACGUCAAUGACAGUAGAAGGUACUGCAAGGCAUGUAUUUUCCGGCAGAGCUUCAACUACUGCGAUGGAUGCGUCCAAAAGCUGAAGGUGAACAUCAACUCAGAUGAAAUUCCGAUGGUUAAUGAAAAGAUGGACGAACUGGAGAAGAAGUAUGCUGCCGUCGUGGAGGAAAAUGAGAACUUGAGGAUAGGAAUGCACGAAAUUUUGCAGAAACUACGCGAGUACGAUGCCAUGUCCAACCACCUAACGAUCGAUACGUCCACGUUGGAAAGAUUGUUGCAUGCAUUGGAUGCGAGAAGUGUAAGUGGUUGGUAUCAUCCUGCGAUGCGGUUGCAAAACGAGUUGCUUGCCACGAGGGAAAGGGAAAUAUUGCUGAAGGAACGCUUGAAUCUCAAGAGUAAGCAAAGUACGUUCUCUUUGGGUAGUCGAGAUGAUUCCGGAAAUGUGUGCGACGACGAAGAGAAUACAGUCGAUAUAGAUCAAGGGAUGGCAGAACAGCCGGAUUUUGGCGAGCAGGUCCUGCUGAAGUCGGUAGAAAUCGAUCACUUGAAUGAUCAGAUCGAUUCUCUCAAAGAAGAGCGUGAACGAUUGCUAAAAUCGAAUGACGAUCUUGUGGUGACAAGGAAUCUGUAUGACGAACUAAUGCAAUUCACAAAAUCAACCGACAAUGAGAAGGAUAAGAUACUGGUGGAAACGUUAGAGCGGCUAAAGCUGAUAGAAUCGAAUAUAUGCGCCUUCCAGAGGAAAACAGACUUUCUCAAAGCCGAAAACGACAAUAUGCACAACACAAUGCGGAUAAUCGAGGUGGAUCAUCUGACUAUUCUGCACGGGUUGAAAACGGAGCUGGCUAGCAAAAACAGUACCUUGAAGAAGCUGGAACAACAAUCGAUUGUCGAUGGAAGGAAUGGAACAAGUCCAGACUCCGAGUCGAUCGAAAGGUUGGAGAGUGAGAUCGAGCGGAUGAAGCUUGAGACGGCCAAUUUUUAUACAAUAUUCCUGAAGAAUAUCCAGGAAGUCGAUAAGGAUAACAUCUUGGGUUUGGAGUAUGAAAACUUAUCCCGGAUCGGGCUGGUGGAAUCCAAUCUGACCGUAGAGUUCAUAUCGAAGGAAGAGUUCAAGAAAAUCAAGAAGCAACUGAAGACAACCGAAGAGGAGCUGAGAAAGCAAACCGUCCGAAAUGGUCACCUGGAAGAGUUGCUAAAGGUAUCGCAGGAGCAGAUUCGAUCGCAGCAGAUGUUGAUUUCCAAAUAUUCGGAUGAAGAGAUCAGCUUGAGGCAUUUGGUGGCUGAUUUGCAGAGUUCAUCCAACGAAAAGUAUCUGCUGGUGAAAACGCAGAAAGAGCUGGAUGCAGCUAAAGAACAAGCGGAGCUGCUCAAAUUGGAUAAUGCAAAAUUGCAGCAAUCGUUGGUCGACGCGAGUGAGGAAUUGAACCAGCUGAAGAAACGGUUGGGGCAGCAAGAGUUGGACUUUAUCGAGCGUCAAAAGGAUAAUGGUCUUAAAAUUAAAUUUCUUACGCAAAGUGUAAAAAUGUUACACGAGAAUUACAAUUCCUACACACCGACCUAUGUCGUAAUGGAUUUCGUGAAGCAGUAUGCUAAACUGUUGGAAAUGAAGAAGAGUUUGCUCCAAGAAACGACUCAGAGCUCAAUCAUCAACAGGGACGAAGAAUACGAGCGGUUGUUUGCGAAGCUACGGGAAAAUAUUGAUACCAGUCAAAUCCAGGAUAAGAUCAAUUUGAUCAAAUUCGAAAGCCAAUGCGAAUACCUCACGAAACAGCUGAUCCUAUCCCAGGAGCAGAUCGAACAGCUUCAGGAAGAGAACUCUGCCCUAAAACUAAAAUCGGUCGAAGAUACCAGACACUGGGAUACGAUUGAAUUGGUCUUCAGCGGGAAACAAAAACCCACCAAAGGAAAUGAUCGUUUCUUCGACAAAGAAGUUCAAGUGUCUGUUGAGAUCAGCCACAAAUGCAUCAACACCAUCCCGAUCAUCGACGACAGCCUGGCGGAGAAACCCCGUCGGGGAACACCCCCGCCAGCAAAUACAACGCCGGUUCGGAAAACCUCCGAUGCAGGCCAGAUGGCAGAGGACUUGCCCAAGGAACAACCAACGGUUCCAUCGGUGCCGGUGGCGUUGCAGAAAUCCCUGGAAUCCCAACUGAAGCAAGCGAUGAUGUUGGCUUCGACCCGCAGUGCCCUGCUACUGGAAACGGAAAGUCGCUUGACGGAGUGUCACGGUCGGAUCAAAAUGCUCGAGCGAGCGCUGGAGGAUAAGGAUGCUCAGUUGAGGAAGGAAAAGGCAGCGCAAGCGGCGGCUAACAGUGACAAGCUGGAUGAUAAUAUCCUUAGCUCAACGAUUGGUUCGCUUCAAAGCAUUCUGGUGGAAAAGGACACGACCCUGUCGAGGUAUCAGGAACUGCUGCGGAACGAGCGCCAAGAGCACUCGAAAACAUACGAUGAAAAUAUUGCACAGAUUAGAGCGUUGAAGAAGAACAUUGAUGAGUUGGAACAGAGGGUGUACGAUAAGCAGAAGGAGGUUGACAAUUUGAACACACAGCUGAGAGAUUUGAAUCAACUGAAGACGCAUCAAGAGGAGGCAGCUGUGGAGCGUGAAGCCAAACAGGCCGAGGCACAUGCUGACAAUCCAGAGCUGGUUUACACGGACAAAAUCAUUGAAAAUAUCUACGAGAUAGACCAGAAGAAGGAAGAAGAGAUUGGAGGACUGAAGAUACGAUCCAAAGUGUUGGAGAACAAGCUUCAAGAUGCAAGCGAAGAGCUGCGUAAGACGCAAGCGAAUCUGAGGGAGAUGACCAUGAAAGAGAAGCGCGUGACGAAGAGUUUGCGAGAGAAAGAAGCGGAGAUGGUAGCGAUGAGUGAGCGGUUUGCCAGGGAGCAUGAAGAUUUGAGAGAGUUUACCGAUAACGUAGCAAGCGCACAAGAGAUUGAGCAGCUGAAGGAAAUGCUAGAGGAGAAAGACCGUCACAUACAGGAUCUUACUGAAACGUUGACUCAAUUCCAUGAUGAUCAGCAGAAGUUCAUGAACGACACGUCGUUGCACUCAGCGGAGCAGGUAUCGCAGUUGAGUGCGGAUUUGAAUCGUAGUGAAGCUUCGAACCGUGUUCUUAGAACGCAAAUAGACGCACUGAAACGGCAGGUUCUGAGUAUUCAACAGCGUGAGAAGCAGUCCCGUGAUUUGGUGAAGACGCUGAAGAAUCAACUGAUCAAGCGACCGGUGAUUUCAAUGAAACCGGACCGGACUCCGACUCCGAGAGAAGAGCACUUAUCUCGAAAGGUGCAGCAGUUGGAAACGGAAAUGUUGGAUACGAAGGAUGAGCUGCGAAAGCAGGUCAGCAUCAAUGAGAACCGUCGUGCGAAGAAUGCAGCCGAGCUGGAUCUGUGGAACAAGCAGAAACGCUGGCAGCAGAUGGCCGACAAGUUAAAGGUUCAGCUGAAGGAGCGUGAGAUUGAACUGGAUAAGUUAAAGGUUCACUUCAAUUCAGCGAAGAACACGAUUGUGAGACUGGAGCGAGAGAAGGCUAUUUUGGAAGGACGAAGUAUUCGUGGUAGUAGUGCCGGUUCGGGUACGGUGGGAGCGCGGUACGGUCAGGUGACCGGUGACAGUAAGUUUACUCCGGCGGAAUCACCGGAUUCGUGUACAACGGAGAGUACCGGAUCGGAUGAGGCCAGUACCGAGAUAAAUACGUUUGCACAGAACAGCAAGGAGAUUAUCGAGGCCUUGAAGAACAGGAUCGAGUCGCAGCAGCGGAGGAUCAUUGCCAUGGAGUUAGAACGGAAAGGCUCCAACACGAUGACCCACGAAUUUGAACGGAUGCAGGAGAAAAUAUCCAACUUGGAGGCACAGAACAUCCGACUGGAAGCGAAAACCCUGCAACUUCAGCUGGACAACGACAUGCUGCGGCAGAGCGACGAGGCCGAACGACUCCGAAGCCAGAUUAAGCAUCUCGAAGACUACAUAAUCGUGCUGAAGGAAGAAUUAUCCAAGGCAACGGCUGGGUGUCCGGAAACGAUCAACUUCGAUAACCUGUGCCAGCGAUGUUCCCGCUCGGGUAACGGAACCGUGAGCAACAGUGAACUGGCAGACUACAACUCCAAGUUGGAGCAAACGGUUAUCGCCCUGCGAAGGGUGGUUGAAAAGCUGAAAGUAGAGAACAAGCAACUGAAGGAGAACAAGACUUGCCCGUUGGGAACUUUGACCUCCGACAGGGGCGCGAAAUCCUCCCCCAAUGUGACGAAGGAUAACUACGAUCGAUUGAAGAAGGAACACGAAAAGCUUCAGCAAAGCUACAGCGAAGCUUUGAAUCGAGUGGCCGCCCUUCAGAUCGAGGUUGAACUGCUAUCCAGUGCCACUUGUCCCCGUUGCCAUCCUGGAGAUCCUACAAAGAUCGGUGACCCCGAGGAAACGGAAAAUUCGAAAGAUGUGUUGGAGAAGAAAAGUCAACUUCUAGAGAAGGCUAAGAUUUUGCUAAGCCGAGCAGCUGCCAAAGAACGAUAUUUGAAGGAACAAAUAGCGCUACUAAGAAGGAAAUGUUCAGAUUUGCAGAACGUACCUGUUAUCGAUGAGAUCAGCGAGUAGGUUCCUUCCUUCCGUUCUUCGUUUUCUGGACCUGCUGUUCACUGCCAUGUUCCACU